CAAAAGCGGCGCGCGCCGCGAGGUGUCGCGUCUGGUAGAGGUUAGGCGGAGCUGCUCGGGGGCUGGUGGGGUCUUCGCCGCCGUCGCCGCCGCCGCCGCCUCCGCCCUCCCUUCCUCUUCCCCGUCCUCUUCUCCAGGGUCCUAGGAGCCCCCGCGUGGGGGGGUUUUCAGCUGUUUUUGAGGACCAUACCGGGAGGUCAGUGACUUAACUACAGCCCCGUGGAGUACUGUAAAGGGGGCGGAGCGAGCCCCCCGGGAGCACAGACGUGCACAGCUUUCCUGGGGGACCGGGGGGCUUUCACCCCUGCACCGAGGGACUCCUGUGGCUCGGUGCCGGGACGCAGUGGUGAAAAGGCAAGGUCCUACCUCGGGGACUUCCAUUCCAGUGGAGGCCAGAUGGUCAGUAAACAGUGUCAUUUCAACUAGAAAUACGCACUCGGAAGGCAGCAACCACGGGGACUGGCCUCUGGGUGUUGAACUUUAUCUGGACAAGCCUCACAGCAGCUGGAACAGCCCUGCACACGGACCCCGAGUUUCCCGUUGGAAGGGCAGCGCACGCUCCUGUCUUCCUGGAGCAGUCUUCUUCGUUGCUGAGCGAACGCUUCCUCAUCCUUGACGUUAGCUGGUGUGUCGCUUCUCCUGACACCUGUGCUCUGCCAGCACCUCGUACCUCUCCGCAGCCCUCACACAUGCGUGAUCGUGUGUAUCCGCCUGGCCGUCUCCCUGUUCACAGACAGCACCUGGCACAGAGUCAGGCUCAUGGGUAACCGUGGACUGGACCCCACAGGGACGCCGCUGCUGAGUCUGGUGCCUGAGCAGAGACGUGGCUCGCGACAGCAUGACGAGUGAGGUGAUCGAGGACGAGCAACAAUUCUAUUCCAAGGCCAAGACGUACUGGAAGGAGGUCCCGGCCACCGUGGACGGCAUGCUCGGGGGGUACGGCCACAUCUCCAGCAUCGACAUCAGCAGCUCCCGGAAGUUCCUGCAGAGGUUUCUGAGGGAAGGCCCAAACAAGACGGGCACCUCGUAUGCCCUGGACUGCGGCGCUGGCAUUGGAAGGAUCACCAAGAGGCUGCUCUUGCCUCUCUUCGGAGCGGUGGACAUGGUGGACGUGACGGAGGACUUCCUGCUCAAGGCUAAGACCUACCUGGGUGAGGAGGGCAAGAGAGUGAGGAACUUCUUCUGCUGCGGCCUCCAGGACUUCAGCCCGGAGCCUCACUCUUACGACGUUAUCUGGAUCCAGUGGGUGAUAGGCCACCUGACCGAUCAGCACCUGGCCGAGUUCCUGCGGCGCUGCAAGCGGGGCCUCCGCCCCAACGGCAUCAUCGUCAUCAAAGACAACAUGGCCCAGGAGGGCGUGAUCCUGGACGAUGUGGACAGCAGCGUGUGCCGGGACCUUGACGUGGUCCACAGGAUCGUCCACAGCGCGGGCCUCAGCCUCCUGGCCCAGGAGCGGCAGGAGAACCUUCCGGACGAGAUCUACCAUGUCUACAGCUUAGCCCUAAGAUGAGCGGGGCUGGCAGGAGAGAGGGACCAGUGUGGGGUGGGGGAGGGCUGGCAGCCGGGUGAGGUCCACAAGCUCAACCUCGGCGGUUCGGGAGUGUCGAGCGGGGCCGCUAAAUACACCUGUCUGCCGUCCACUCACUAUACAGACUCUUAUUAAAAAGGCAUAAGGGGACCCAGUUGGGAGGGGUGCUGCUGAAUGGGACAUUGAGUGCAACCCCUGCCUGGGCCCCUGGUGCUCGCCUCGUGGGAAUCCGGCGAUCCCAUCAGAAGUGAGAUUCCCUGCUCUCCAGUACCACCACCUGGCCUUCCUGCCACAGGCCUGGCUGGCUGAAGAGGAAGAGAGUAACCAUUAAAGCGGCUGCUGAGGACUUUAUACCUCCAGAGGGGAAGGGAGCGGAGCUGGGCCGGUGGAGCCUGCGGCUCUCAGUGCCCUCCUGCCUGCGCUGAGCCUACGUGGUGCCUGCCGAGUGGUGCAGUGGAUGGAUGUCCACGUUCCGAGUGCUAUUUGGCGAUGGAGCCCUCGUGCCCUUAACGUGAUCGCCACAACAGCCUGCAGGGAGGGGAGAGGCCUGGAGCUUCCCUGUUGGCUGUGCCUUGUGGCUCCUCCUUAGGGGGCAUUUUCAGUCACAAAUAAAAGGGUGAACCCCUGUACUGGAAAGGCC